UCGUUCCUCAUCGAUCUUGGUGUGGCCGAGCUGGACCGCUUCGAUGACCGUGAGGCGCUGAUCUUCCGUGAGAACACACUGGCCACCAAAGCCAUCGACGAGUACAUGAAACUGGUGGGGGGCAAGUACCUCCAGGACACGUUGGAGCUGGGCGAGGUCUUCGCAGCCUGGCAGGAGGAGUGUGCGGCGCGGGGCAAGGCGCCCAUCGGGCAGCGCCUGGUCUCGGCCUCCCUCUUCCUGCGGUUCCUCUGUCCCGCCGUCAUGUCCCCCAGCCUCUUCGGCCUCGUCCAGGAGUACCCCACCGAGGCCACCGCCCGUACCCUCACCCUCGUGGCCAAGGUCAUCCAGAACUUGGCCAACUUCACCACGUUUGGUGAGAAGGAGGCCUACAUGGGCUUCAUGAAUGAGUUCUUGGAGCACAACUGGAGCACCAUGACGGACUUCCUGCAGAGCGUGGCCAACCCCGAGAGCAGCAUCCACAUGACCACCUACGACGGCUAUGUGGACCUGGCUCUGGAGCUCGCCACUCUACACCUCCUGCUCUGCGACAUCUUCUCCAGCCUGGACCAGGCCACCCAGCAGGAGCUGGAGCCCCUGCCCACCAUCCUCACCGCCAUCAGGGAGGGGACCCCUGUCCCCGUCUCCGUCCGGCUCAGCUCCACCACGGAGCGAAGGCCCGGCCCCCCCAUCAGGAGCCAGUCCCUCAUCAGCAUCCGCCGCGUCCGGGGUCGGGAAGACGGGCCGGAACCGGCACCAUCACCGGCACCGGUGCCGUCACCGCCACCCAACCGAGAACGCCGCAACGUGCAGCGCACCCAGAGCGUUCCGGCGCAGAGCAAAGCCGCCCGGCGCCUGCGCAAGCAGAGCAGCGCCGAGCAC